GUUUAAAACCCCCUUGUCCUAUCUCUGUUUCCUCAUACUUUAGCCAAAGAUGAAUGUUCUCUCACCUGCACCUACUAGUAUUGCCAUUAGUGUAUUUGCUAGAGACAACCACAUUAAGCUGAGAAGAACUUUUGCCCCACCUCGUUAUUUUAGAAUCCAGUGUGUUACAUGCUUCCUGUUUUUCCCUCAAAGAGGUUUGUGCCAAUGCAAAUUAAAGUGGUGUCCCUUUAAAAAGCUAGAGCAUAAUUGGCAUUAGCAUUCACACCUGUGUGGAGCAGCGUGAGGGUUUGUUCCCUCCUUGGGUCAUAACUGAUAAAAGGCUGCCACCUGAGCAUUCUCUUGUUCUGGGAACGAGGCUGUUAAGCUUCCUAGUGUAGCAGAGAGUUGUGAAAAUGAACACGGAGUCUCCAUGCUGUGAGCAGAAUGCUGCAAAGAUUUCUCUAGCUGAGAUUCUGAGGUGCUUUGAGCACCCUAUAAGCGAAGAACAAGCCUGGGCUAUUUGCUUUUGGUGUUGCUUCAGGAUGAAGGAAUUAGCCCAAGGGCGGUACCCAUCACUCCAUUCUGUAUUCAUAAAAGGUCCGGGGAGCAUCUUUAUUCAUGCUGAUGGCACUGUUUCCUUCCGGGUGUAUCAUAAGUCUGAUGCUGGCAGUAUUCAGCAGUCAGAGGAGAAGCUGCUGGAGUACUUGGGAAUGGUGAUCUAUGAAGCCCUGGACUGGGGAAUUGACAGCCAAGUGGAGCGAGAAUUGAGUGAUCCACUGGAUAAACUACUCCGCCUCAUGUUGAAACUGGAUGAUGAGGGAAUGAAGCCAACAGUCACCCUGCAGGAUGUUAUCAAGGCCUGUGAACAUCACCUCUCCGUGCCUUCUGAGGCUACCAGUCAUUACAAGAUGACCUGUAGGAGUCUUUUUACUGAAUUUAUGGAACUUCAGAAGCUGGUGUCCAUCAUCCAGACCUCCAAAGAGAGUCUGAGAAAAAUGGAUGAGGAAGAUUUGCUGGAAACCCACAUGCAGAAGAAGGAAAAACAGUGGGCAUCCCUGUGGCCCAGUGUCAUCUGUGAACUGCGGAAUGGCGUGAAGCUGCGGAAGGCCACUGAGCGACCAGAGCAUCCUGUCCCUCUGAAAGACUGCACCUACUCCCCUUAUGAAUUACUUCUAGAUGAUAUUCGGCACAAGAGGUACAAACUGCGGAAGGUGAUCAUCGAGCAAAAAUGCAGGACCCCCAGCACUGCUGUAGCUGCUCCCAAGCCUCAUCUAAAACCUGUGAUGGAGUGGAAGCAGAAAGAGUGUGUACCAUCAAAGCCUACCUUACACAAACAGCUCAUGGCAGAAGUUAAGCAACCACAGAAGCUUCAGCCAUCAUCAGCAAGGGGAAGUGAGAGCAGGCCUGAAGGAAUGUCUGUGAUUCCAAACAUUGCCUUGAAAUCUCCAAAUGAUCGUUUAACAUCCCAAGAUGCCAGUGCAGCAUUUCAGAUUGUCAACGCAACAGCACAGCAUCCAAGAUCAGGAGUUCAGGAAAUGACUCCAAAGCUGCCUUCCAGCAACCAGCUUGCCUCACCCAGGUCAUCAGUAGCGUCCUGCAGCAGCACAGGUCUUGCUGCAGAUCAUACACUUUCUCCCAUGAGCACACCCAUGCUAGGAGACCUUCAGCCUAGUGGUGUCCUGAAUGUUGGCCAGCAGCAGCUGCAUCCUUACAGAGGAAGGUCCAAAUCUUUAGACACUGGCCUUCAAAGCAAGGAACUUGAUUGUUACUUUCCUAAUACAAGGCCAUCACCUACCAUUGCUGAACUGAUUGGAACCAGAUAUGCAGUGAUAGUGCUGAAAAGAGAAGGCUUUUCCCAAGGAGGCAAUGAUGUCUUUCCAAGAGCAAAGAUCUGUUUCAGCUGCCAUAAGCAGAUGUUUCUUAAGUGGCCUUACAGCUGUUACCUCUGCAGCAGUGUUGUCUGCUGUGACUGCUGCACCAAGAUGUCCAUGCCCUUCAGAAUGUGUGUACAUCUCCCACUUCACUUCUUAAAACUUUUGAGACUUUCCAGAGAAGAAGACCCAGCAACUCAAGAGCAGAAGAACUCAGAGUUGCUGCGUGAAAUGGAGAGAUGGAAGUGUUAUAGUGUACCUGUAAUUCUGGAGCCCCAUGGCCUAGCACAGCCUCUGUGCUGUCAUACAAGGACCAUGGCAAACUGGCUGACUGCAGACAUCUGUACUCAGUGUGAGCACUAUCUGUUGAAUGUGGCUUCCAACCAGCAGCAGAACAUCCCGCUAAGGAGAGUUUCCCAGUCUUGGACUAAACUGGAAUGACUCCGCUUUAUACUUUUCCUGUCACCUGUUCUGUACCUGAAUUAAAUUAAACAGCUUUAUGCACUUUACUGCCAUAAAGACCUGAGUAAAAGACUUUCCCGCUGCUUAGUCUAAGCAGGAAGUACAGUUGGUGUUUAUGUAUUGUAAAGCAGCAUAAAGCAUUGUGGUUUUUAGAAUUGUUUUAAUCCUUUUAUGUUUCUUUGGGGAAAAAUAAAUGUUGGAGCACUAUCA